GGCGAGGACGCACUGUGACCCGGAAGCGAUCCUGGGACGCCGACGGCAAGAUGGCGGCGCGAGCAGCGCUCGGGGCCUUGUGCCGGCGUCUCUGGCAGGGUUCGAAGGAUUUUUCUGUAAGCAGUUCUAAGAGCAGAACAUCCAAAAAUGGUGCCUUUCUUCUCAGUUCCAGUAUGAAGUGGGUACAGUUUUCAAGCCUACAUGUUGAUGUUCCCAAGGACUUGACCAAGCCUGCGAUAACUAUUUCCGAUGAACCGGACACAUUGUAUAAGCGCCUGUCAGUUUUAGUAAAAGGCCAUGAUAAGGCUGUGUUGGACAGUUAUGAAUAUUUUGCCGUGCUUGCCGCUAAAGAACUUGGUAUCUCUAUUGAAGUACAUGAACCUCCAAGGAAAAUAGAGCGAUUUACUCUUCUCAAAUCAGUGCAUAUUUUCAAGAAGCACAGAGUUCAGUAUGAAAUGAGAACACUUUACAGAUGCUUAGAGCUAAAACAUCUAACUGGAAGUACAGCAGAUGUCUACUUGGAAUACAUUCAGCGAAACUUACCUGAAGGAGUUGCCAUGGAAGUUACAAAGACAAAAUUAGAACGGUUACCAGAACACAUCAAGGAGCCAAUCUGGGAAAAGAUACCAGAGGCAAAGGAAGAAAGCAAGUCAUAAAGUCUCAGAGACUAGUUGUGUGGGCUUUUGAAUUCGGGUGGGCCAGCCACGUGGGCUCAAGUGGAGAGUGCUGCCAGUUGAGACGGUUCACUGUUGAGUCCACAUGUCCUGAUCAUGGGCAGCAGGGGAUGGAGCAUUAAGGAUACAAUGGACUACAGUGGAAGAGCCACUUUAUCUGUCCUUUUAUACAUGUCAUCAUUUCAGUUCUGAUUUUACCAAAUGUGAGUAAACUGUUUUGACCACUAUGCACCAAAAGAGUCUGUUUAUAUUUUAUUCUGCUAUUGUUCAAUUAUUAGUUUGUACUAAUUUUAAUUUACAUCAUAUCAUUCAUCUGAAAGUGAAUAUUUGAAAUAUUGCUCACAUACAUUUUUUUCUUUAGAAAUUCCUAGAAGAAACCUUUGGUUAAUUUGAUUAAUUUAACACUGAGCAAUUGAAGUUUUUGAUACUCUAGAACAGGCAGCAUAUAGUUGUUUGUUCGGGGGUGAUGACCUCCAAAUUUGACCUCAUUUAAGCUCUCCAUUCUUGAAAAUGAAUAUACUUUGCAGCAGACCAAGCACACUUGAGGCAUACACUGCACCUUCUAGUGGCCCAGACCCUGCAGGGCUGCCUAAAAGGGUCACUGUAAUGGAAUUUAAGCUCUCAAGACAUUACCACUGUAUCAUUUCACCCAUCCUGUGAUUCAUUCAUUCAACGGGCUCUUAUUUUGUUAACUUACCAAAAAUUGAAUAGAAAUAACAGCCUUUGAAAAUUGUGCAAGGCACAAACCAUUUUCCUUAUUAAGUUCCUCACUGAUAAGAAGGCCUCCCUCUUUUGGUAAUGGCAGUCUUUUGUUUGGAGAUGUCUACUUUUCCAUGAAAUUAAAUAGAGGUUAAAGCCCUGAAAGAAGCAGGACUGCAACGGGCUGAAACUGUUGAUGGAUCAACCCCAAGGGAGUGAUUCGUUUCCUUUUUACAGCAGAACCAGGGCCUCGUCUUUUGUCGUUUUCUUCACAUCUUUGGAGUAGUUAUGUCUUCUCAGUUUUUCCCCCCUUGCACUGGAAUUCCUGUUCUCUCUUCCUUACCUGCUAUCAGGUAUCGGUGUUUUGAAUGCAUACUGCUUAUGUAUCAGACUUACAUUACUGUCAUUAACAUGAAAAGAAUUACAGCCUUGGGGCCCCUGGCCUCCUUCCCUUCUCA